UCUUUCUUCAGCAGGAGCGCCGCCGUGCGAAAGAUAGAGCGAGGCUGCUCUGGGGAAAAGGAGCGGGGGCGGGGGCGUCCCUGCCGGCUCCCUUCCUCAGCCGCAAUGUCGGUCCUGAGCUGGAAGCCGUUCGUCUACGGCGGCCUGGCCUCGAUCGUUGCCGAGUUCGGGACGUUUCCUGUGGAUCUCACCAAAACACGACUUCAAGUCCAAGGCCAAAGCAUUGAUGCCCGUUUCCGAGAGAUCAAGUAUCGGGGCAUGUUUCAUGCCUUGUUUCGCAUCUCCAGGGAAGAAGGCAUUCUCGCACUCUACUCUGGGAUCGCUCCAGCCUUGUUAAGACAAGCAUCUUAUGGCACAAUAAAGAUUGGUAUAUACCAUACUUUGAAGCGACUUUUUGUGGAUCGAUUAGAAGAUGAAACAUUACUACUAAAUGUCUUAUGUGGAGUUGUGGCAGGGGUGAUCUCCUCUUCACUGGCAAAUCCAACAGAUGUACUGAAGAUCCGAAUGCAGGCUCAGGGCAGUCUGUUCCAAGGAGGAAUGAUUGGAAGCUUCAUAGACAUCUACCAGCAGGAAGGCACGCGGGGGCUAUGGAGAGGUGUAGUCCCUACUGCUCAGAGAGCUGCCAUAGUGGUGGGAGUCGAAUUGCCAGUCUAUGACAUCACCAAGAAGCACUUGAUCCUUUCAGGAUUUGUGGGGGACACAAUCCUUGCCCACUUCAUUUCCAGUUUUACAUGUGGGCUGGCUGGUGCCAUUGCUUCAAAUCCAGUGGAUGUGGUGCGGACACGUAUGAUGAAUCAAAGGGCCAUUGUGGGGACUGUUGACCUCUACAAGGGUACACUGGAUGGUCUGGUAAAGACAUGGAAAAGUGAGGGCUUCUUUGCACUUUACAAAGGAUUCAUGCCAAAUUGGUUGCGUCUUGGCCCCUGGAACAUCAUUUUUUUUAUGACCUACGAGCAGCUGAAGAGGCUCCCUUUUUAGGGGCCAGAUUGGAUUGGUGAUUCAGCUGCCCUUCUUGCUCACCUCCCCUGUUCCUGCAUCUUCAUGUCUUUUUGCCUAUGCGGACUGAGGCCUACCACCCCCACUCCUGAAUGCUCAGGUCUCGGGAGCAUAGCUUGGUUGAGAAGGGGGAUGUUGGGGCCAGUGAUAUUCAGUGCUUUCCCAUAAAGGGAAGGUUGGAGAGCAAGGGGGAGAGAGAGCAUAGGGCUGAGUCUAUAUCUUCUGUGAAGAGCUGUGUGAGUUUGAGGUCUUUCAGAGUGCAGCUUAUUGCAAUGUGGAUUUUGCAGUAAGCUGUGCCUUCCCCUUAACUUGUGCAAGGGGAAAAUUCAAAGAAGCUGCUGCAUUCCCUUCCAUUGUCAUGUUACCUUAAUAAACUAUUUAUUGGAGCUAUGUAUGUGUUUUGUGUUUUUCAGUAUUGUAAGUUUGGUGCUGGAGGAGGCAGCCUGUGAACGAGAACAGCUGCUCUCUUAGUAGACAAAAAAACACUAAAAAGUUGUACAUCCAACUGCCCUGUUCACCAGCCCCCAAGGUGGCAUUGUCACAGAAUGUCUGAAUUCACCAACUCCUAAAGCUGCACUGCUGUGAUGACGCAGAAUGUUGGUGAACAUUCUAACUAUUGUGAAGAAAGGAUCAGUUUUUGAUUCUAUAAAUUGCUUAAUGUUCAAAUUCAAUGCUGCUGCCCUCAGGAAACUGGAAAGUCACUUUGACUUGGAUGAUGAUUCAUGCUUGCCUAGUGAUGAAGGAAGCCAAGAGAACUGAGGAGAACAGAGUAAAGAUGAUCAGAAUGUCCUGUGUUGAUUUGAAAUAACCAACCAAAUGCAUGGCUGUAUAUUGCUAUUAAAUAUGUUUUCUUUCA